GAGCCGCGGAGCGGCGGAGGUGCGGUGGCUCGUCGCGGCCAGUCCCUGCGCGGGAAGCGCUUGCGCAGGGCGUGCUCGCAGCCCUCCGGGCUCCCGCCGCUGAGUUAAGCUGGCCCGGAGCUGAGACGACCUGAGAUCGGUCGCCGGAUUGAGUGCCCUGCUGGGAGGGGACUUGGUCCUCGCGGCCGCCAGGUGUUGCCCUUUGUAUACACCUACCCACUCCGAGCUUCAGUUUUCCUAGUGGGAAAUCUCUUUCCUCAUCAGAUUGGGGCUGUAGCAGAAGUAGCCCGAAGGGACCCUUUGCAGGUGCGGACGUAGCGAGCACCGGCCCGGGAAGCAGCCAUGCCUGUGGAAGGAGGGAAGACGGACAUGGAGAGGAUCGGCCUCUUCAGCGAGAUGAGCUAUGUCACCGUCGGCGACAAAUACGAGUCCCCAUUUAAUCGACCCUUCAAUGAAGCUGCCAGCAAGAAAAGGCAGAUGCUGCCCGGGGGGUCGAAAGUAAUGUCCAGUCUCCAGGCCGGCUACUUCGAUCCCCAUUUUGUGAGGGUUUUUGAAGGCGAAGGCUAUGUCAGCCUGAAUCAAGUGCGGAGGCGGAACAUGAUGGAAGAAGCCAAAAAAAAUCUAGGCAAAGCCUUCCUGCCCAGUAACGGAGAUAAGAAACCAUGUGGCGUGGGGAGCUACUACGGAACCAUAGGGGGUCCGGUCCCCUUCUUCAGCGCGCAGUCCAGGCCCAGAGAAAAGUAUGAGGCGCCUGGGAAGAAUCUAUACACAAACCCGGGGAAGAAAGGAACUGGAUAUGGCUACGCCAAUGUCACAAUAGGGAAACAGCCCUCACACUCGGCUGAUUUCUACGAUGCAGCAAAACAAAAUUUUAAGAAACAGAAUGAAGAGCAUCACCAUCUACUUAAAGGGGCGCCUUUCAAGCUGAAUCUUUACCCGAGAGAAUAUUUUGAUACCAAUCCUUAUUUUUUGGAGAAGCCUCUGCCACCGAUUAAGAAAGCAGAGACGAAAGCAGCGCCGGGAGGCCCUUUUAAACCCCCUUCUCCUGGUAAAAAGGCUGGUGGGAUGAAGGCAGGCACAUUUGACCCUUACCCUUCACAUUCUGCUGACCCUUACGCAGUUAAGCUGACAAAGCAGACUUUGAGCCAAGGCGCUAAGAUUUUCCACCCACCAGGUGGACCCAAGAGCAGGCCGAUUCAAAGCAUAAUGACUUUGAAUGUCAAAAAGGCACUAAAUACGAAGAACUACAAGACUGCUUCAGUUCAGUCCUAUUAGCAUCUGGAAGACAAAGAGCUUUCUAGAUCCUGACUACCAGUAACUCUUUAUCAAGUGCUAAUUAUUUGGAAAAAAUGUAAGAUGUUUGCGGAACAGAGAGCUCAAGCAUUUAUGACAAAUUUAAUCCUCCUACUCGAAUACUCUUCUUUUAGUACUAUUGAAUAAAUAGUAUUUGCUAA